CCCCACUCUUUCCUUCUUGUACAAAAUUUCCUCUUCCUUCCCGUUCGUGGUUGUAUGUCGGCUCUAUAAUAACACAACUAACCACUACAUCUUUACGCUCAGAUAAAAACACUAUUUGGUGACCGCUUAUACGCGUAAAAGGCGAUUUCCAAAACGCACGCCUUUUGCCUUUGCUUUUUUUAAAAAACAAAACCUGGUUCGUUUUAAUCCACGCACUGUCCACGGAAUAGAAAAUAUAAAUAAUAACAGAAGAAAAAAAAAAAAAAAAAGGGGGAGUUCUUGAACAUUUAUGGCGCAGGUAAAGUGUUUGGUCUUUAAUGGAGGCUAAAUGAAGGAUGUUGGCGCGCACAAGGCAGGUGUCCCUGAAGGCGUCAUGGAUCUACAUGGACCCGCUUUCAGACAACAGCAGGACUCAUCAGAUGACUGGUAUUUCACUUUUCAUGCCUCUGCACCUGCUCAGCUUCUUCGAAACAUUACAGCUUAAAACUGGAAGCGUUGUCGGUGGUGAGUGAGGACCAGCCCAUAUUCGAGCCCCCAUACUCCACGGCCCCCUCUUCCCUGCACAUGAAGGUAGAGAUGACGACGCCACCCGGAGGCUUUGGCCACGCCUCCUCCAAACACAGCCCCACCGAAUCCACCGAGCCCGAGUGGGCGGGACCGGCAGCACAGACCUCUGGGAAAAGAGGCGAGCACGUCAACGGGACCAGCCGUGAGUCUCCUGUUGACUGUAGCGUCACCAAACGUUCCAGACACAUGAGCAGCGACGGGGCCCAGAUGGGGUACCAGGGCUCAUACACGGAACCCCGGGUCAGCCCUCAGACCGCCACCCCUCCCAGCAGCACCACUGAGGAGAAGAGGGUUAUCGUACCGGCGGACCCGGAGGUCUGGACUCAGGACCAUGUGAGGCAGUGGGUGGAUUGGGCCAUCAAAGAGUACGUCCUGGAAGAGGUGGACGUCAUGCUCUUCCAGACGCUGGACGGCAAAGCGCUGUGCAAGAUGUCCAAGGAGGACAUGAUGCGUCUCACAUCGGCCUACAACGCAGACAUCCUACUGUCACACCUCAGUUACCUCCGACAGAGUAGCCCUACGUUCACUUAUCCCACAACUCCCACCAACAACACACCACAGCAACCCCGACUACAGGUGAAAUCAGAAAACAGCUUUGAUGAAAUCAGCCGCAGGAACAGCUGGCCGACAAACACCAUGACUGCAGUGCCCAAAGGUUCUUCCAUGGAGCAUCAGCACAGCACGAGGGUAACAGAGGCCACUCCGAGAAUUGUCCCAGGUAUUAAAUAUGAAGACCCAUAUCAGACAUUAGGACCCAUCAGCAGUCGACUAGCCAACCCAGAAGGCCAAGCCCUCAGCUCAUCCAAGAACAACCGAACAGGCAAACACAGUCCUUACAAGCUCCCCGACAGCGCUCACAGGCCUGUGGGUUCAGGGCAGAUCCAGCUGUGGCAGUUCCUGCUGGAGCUGCUGUCGGACAGUAACAACGCUGGCAUCAUCACCUGGGAGGGCACCAACGGUGAGUUCAAGAUGACUGACCCCGACGAGGUGGCCAAGCGCUGGGGAGAGCGCAAAAGCAAGCCAAACAUGAACUAUGACAAGCUGAGCCGUGCCCUGCGCUACUACUAUGACAAGAACAUCAUGACCAAAGUGCACGGGAAGCGUUACGCCUACAAGUUUGACUUCCAAGGCAUUUCGCAAGCGCACCAGAAUCACGCAGCAGAGGGGGGGAUUAAGUACCAGACUGACAUGCCUUACGUCCCGCAGUACCACAGCCACCAGCCCAAAAUGAACUUCAUGAGCAGCCACCCGGCAACCAUGCCUGUCUCUCCGGGAAACUUUUUCGGGCCUCCCACCACAUACUGGAACUCCAACAGCCCCAUCUACCCCGGGUCGGCUAUGCCCAGACACCCCGCUACCCACUCCCACCUGAGCUCAUAUUACUGAAGACAACGCGAUUCACACGAGUGGGAAAAACACUGGAGAGGAAAUGGUGCACAGUCCCUCCAGCACACACCUGAGCUGACCCCUGUCUGAAAAGAAGGUGAUAUGAUGCUAUGGUCUUUGUUUAAAAGGGCAUUAAGAUGCUGUUUAUGUCACAUUCCUUCUUAAAAUGGACUAGUGAAAAACAUGAAGCUGGACUAGUAUUCUACUGUCUAAGACUUUCAUGAAAAUACUGAUGAUAUACUGUAUUAUUAUUAUUAUUCACAUAUGAAACCAAGUUCUUAAAUUUGUAAGUACCGUAUACUGUUUGCUAUUCAUGUAAAAAA